UUUGAAUUUUGAACCAACACUAAAGGCACAUGACUUACCAAAUAUUAAUAUGUGAUUUUUAUUACAGCAAAUCAGUACUUUGGCUGGUAACCUAGUCCCAAGCUAUUUUGUGUGGGAAGUCCUCUUUACAAUGUCCAUCAUUGGAUUAGGACUCUUGCUUUUUGCGCUUCUCAUUGGAAACAUUCAGAACUUUCUUCAAGCUCUUGGACGGAGGAGGCUGGAAAUGCAGCUUAGAGGUCGUGAUGUUGAACAAUGGAUGAGUCACCGUCGCUUACCAGAACAUCUCAAAAGGAGAGUUCGGCAGGCUGAACGGUAUACUUGGGCUGCAACAAGAGGUGUUCCUGAAAAAAUGGUUUUGGAGAAUUUGCCAGAAGAUCUCGUGACAGACAUACGACGUCAUCUCUUCAAGUUUGUUAAUAAAGUUCGUAUUUUUUCCCUGAUGGAUGAGGAUGAGCCUAUCUUAGACGCCAUUCGUGAGCGACUAGUACAAACGACAUACAUCAAAGGAAGUAAAAUUUUGAGUCAGGGCGGUCUAGUGCAGAAAAUGGUGUUUAUCGUGCGAGGAAAAUUGGAGAGCAUUGGAGAAGAUGGAAUUCCGGUUCCAUUAACUGAAGGGGAUGCAUGUGGCGAAGAACUUUUAAGAUGGUAUCUUGAACAAUCUUCUGAAAGCAAAGAAGGUAAAAAAGUGAAGUUUCACGGACAAGGGUUGACUAGUGAUAGAACGGUAAGAUGCUUGACUAAUGUUGAGGCAUUUUCACUCCGCUCUAAAGACAUUGAAGAAGUCACAACUCUUUUCGCAAGAUUCUUGAGGAGCCCUCGUGUUCAAGGAGUCAUAAGGUAUGAAUCGCCUUAUUGGAGAUCACUUGCAGCAAACAGAAUUCAGGUGGCAUGGAGAUACAGGAAGAAGCGUCUAAGUAGAGCUAAUACUACAAAAUGAUUAUCAAACAUAAAACUCAUAAGCUUGCUGUGUGCUCUUUUGUUUGAUUCACUGCAUUGAAUCCUUGGAAUAUAAUAGUGGCAUAUGCUGAUAGGAAGUUAUUAAGUAGGUUCCAUAAAAUGAUUUUGUUCUA